AUGCCGCCGCCGUCAGCCCUCUCGCGCACCGUCGCCUCGCUCACGCGCGCCGCCAUGGGUGCCGACGCGCCGGCUGCAGACGUCGGCGACGACGAGCUGGACAAGUACAUCGCAGAGAUGAUCCUGCGCGAGGCGCGCGAGAAGAACGCUGCCGCCGUUCGGCCUGGAAGUGGCGGCGGCAGUGGCAGCAGCGGCCGCUCGCGAGCGCCCUCACCCACACGAGCGGCGCCGACAAACAAGCGCUUCCUCGCCUCGAUGAUCCGCAGCGUCGACACGCACAACCAGGCCGUCAUCGCUGCGCAGGCCGCCGAGGCCGAGUCGGCACAGCGAGCGCGUGCCGCUGAGGAGGCAGAGCUGCGCGCUGAGGCUCGGCGCCAGUACCGCGAGGCCUGGCGUGCCGGCGAGGGCACUCGGGCGUGGAGCGCUGCCGAGCCGCGCAGCGUGAGCAUUCGAGGCAGCGCGUCGAGCAGCCGAGAGCCGAGCCGGCCAAGCAGCCGCACGGACGAUCGCGAAGACCGUAGAGAGCACGAUGCGAGGCGGAGAGAUGAUGCUGCGGCAGACGAGCGCGCCCGCGAGGCCCGUCGUGCUCGCGAGAAGGAGGCAGACCUGCGCAAACGCUUGCUGGGCGGCCGGCAUCUCGACGCCGAGCGCUCGAGCUCUGCUUCAAGCUCAUCGCGGCGCCGAAGCCGCAGUCCCGAGCACGACGGGCGCAGCAGGGAUCGGGACCGAUCACGGCGCUCUCGGUACGAGGAAGAGGACGAGGAGGAAGCAGAGCGGCGGCGAAGGCGAAGGCGGCUCGAGCGCGAGCACGACGAAGCGCGCAGGCGAGAAGACGAGCGCCGCUCGCAGCACACUGCUUCUCCCCGCACACGCAGUCCUUCUCGGCGCUCUUCUCCGGCCUCUCAUCGCACAGCGAGCUCUUCGCGUGCACAUGCCGCCGAGCGCGUGCCACACGACUCUGGAGAGUCACCGGCGCCGCUGCCCGACCCGUCGCUGUACUCGUCGAAGAUGGACAAGUACUUCGAUCCGGCCUACGACCCGGCGCUCGACGUGAGUCUGGAGGCCACGACGGACGAGAACGGCCUGGUGGCCGACGGCGGCUGGGACCGCAUGCUGGAUGUGGUGCGCGAGCGCGAGGAUGCCAAGCGGCGCGCCAAGGACGAGCGGCGGCGGGAGAAGGACGACAAGCGGCGGCGGAAGGAGCUGCGCAAGGAGGGUCGCUUGGCUCGCUCUUCGGCACUGAGCAGCGACGAGGAGCCUGCAGAGGCGUCAGCUCCGCAGCCGGUGCGCGCCACGCGCGAGUGGGAUCUGGGCAAGGUCAAGGAUCUGGCGUAG